AAGCAAAAAAAUUUGCCACCGGUCUGCUUUUGUUAAUAACAAUAAACAAACAAAUUCUAAAAAUUAUUUUAAUUAUUUAUAAUCAAUAAUUAAACCAUCCAAUUAAACAAUCAACAAAUGUCAUCAUAAUAAUUCUUUUUAAUUUUGGAUAAACUCUUAAAUCAUAAGUUGGUUUAUUAGCAAAUGCAAAAUGUCAAUAUGAUUUUCAUUGAUAAUCCAACCAAUCUAGUGUAUUUAUUUAUAAUUUAUGAUAUAUAUAUAUUUUUGACCAAUUAACUAUUAAAAUAAAAAAUGGUUUUUACGUGUCAAAAAAAUCACUAGAAUAUUAUUUGCAAAAUUAAGUGAAAAUUCAUGAAAAAUAUAUGAGGCUAAAUAAUCAUCAGUCAUCAAAUUAAAUACGACCUUUGAUUUAUUUUUAAAUUCACCUGUAAAUAUUACAUUAAAUAAAUUAUGGAAUCUAUCAUUAUGGCUGACACAAAUCUUUAUAAUUCAACAAUUUGUCGUUUAUGUGGUGAAAAUAAUACAAACGGUGAAUUUUUAUAUACAUUUGAAAAUGAAGAAUCUGAUUUGAGUUCUAUGAUCAAUCGCUACUUGCCAAUAAAGAUUAAUAAUGAUGGUAAAUUACCAAGAACAAUUUGUCCUGGUUGUAAUAUUCAAUUGGAGGCAACAGUACAAUUUUUUGAACGUAUGAUAAAGGGUCAAGAAAAAAUUCGAGAAAUAUGGAAAUGUCAAUUGGAGGAAGAAAAGAAAAAAGCUCGUGAAAGAUUGUGUAUUGUUGAUGAUAAUAAUAUUGAAAAAGAAAAUAAAUAUUUAUCAGAAAAUUUAUUUAUAAAAGUAUUGCCAGAUGGAUCAAUAUUUUCAGCUGAUCAUGAUAUAAGUUUAAAAAUUCAAGGUUUAGAAAAGCCAAAACGUAAACGUGGUAGACCACCAAAAGUAAAAAUUGAAAAAAUAAUAACAGAAACAGAAAAAGCACCACCAAUAAUACCAGUUAAUGAAUUUGAAAGUCAAGAUGACGAUGAAAAACAAGAAGAUGAUGAUGAAUUUGAUUGUGAAGGUCGUAAAAGAAGACGACGUAAAGCACCAAAAAGAUAUUCAGAAGCUGUACAAGGAAAAGAACUUGAAAGAAUAUUUAAAGAAGAAGGUGUUAUUGAUAAUGAUGAUGAUGGUGUUGUUGAAGAUGACGAUGAUGAAGAUGACUUAGAUAAUAAUGUCAAUGAAGCUAAUUCCGAGCAUGAUGUUAGAACAGAACAACAUGAAAAUAUUACAAUACCAAAUGACAAUGAAGAAAUAAUUGGACACUUGGAGACUCAAGAUGGUAAAGAUCUUGGUAAAUUUGUAACAUUUAAUCGUAACAGAGGUCGUGGACGACCCAAGUUACACAGAAGAAAAGCAAAAUAUACUUGUAGCAUUUGUCAAAAAAGAUUUGCUCAACGUAGCAGAUAUAUAACACAUAAAAUAAGCCACAAACAAAUGAAACCUGUAAAUGAUAAUGAAGAAACAAAUGCAUACAUUGACAAUGAAGAAUUAUUAACCAAAGAAAAAAAUAAUGAGUAUGUAUUAAAUGAUGAUACAAGUGCUGAAAGAGGAAUAGACAAUGAUGAAUCAGUUGAUUUGAAUAAUUCAAAUGAAUAUGAAAUAAUUGACGAACUAGAUAAAACAUAUGAUUGUUAUAAAUGUGAUAAACAAUAUACAACAAAUGAGCUACUUGAUGAACAUUUAUUAACAGAUCAUCCAGAUAAUUUAACAUGUACAUAUUGCAAUGAAACAUUUCAAUAUGAAUUAAAUUUAAAAGGACAUUUAUUAACUCAUGAAAAUGAAAAAUUAGAAAAAAAUUAUUCAUGUGAUAUUUGUGGAAAAGUAUUAAAUCAUCCAAGUUCAGUUAUUUAUCACAAAGAAGCUGAACAUAAUGAUGGAAGAAGAUUUGUUUGUAAUAAAUGUAAUAAAAGUUUUAAACAUAAACAACUAUUACAAAGACAUCAAUUGGUACAUUCAGAUGAUCGUCCAUAUACAUGUAAAUCAUGUGGUGCUAAAUUUAAAACAAAAGCAAAUUUAAUAAAUCAUGGAUAUACUCAUACUGGAGAAAAAAAAUAUACAUGUGAAAUAUGUGAUCAACAAUUUGCCCAUAAAACAAGCUUGACAUUACAUCGUAGAUGGCAUAAUGGUGAAAAGCCAUUUUCAUGUAAAAUAUGUAACAAAGGUUUUUCACAAAAUGGAAAUUUACAAGAACAUUUGAGAAUUCAUACUGGUGAAAAGCCAUAUUCAUGUGAUGAAUGUGAUAGAAAAUUUACAACAUCAUCACAAUUUAAAUUACAUCAAAAACGACAUACUGGUGAAAGACCAUGGCAAUGUGAUUAUUGUCCUAAAAGUUUUUUACAUAAAGACACAUGGAAAUGUCAUGUUAGAAGACACACUGAUGAUCGUCCAUUUCAAUGUAGUCAAUGUAAUAAAAAAUUUACAGAACAAUGGGCAUUAAAAAAACAUCUUAGAUUACAUACUGGUGAAAAACCAUAUACAUGUGAUAUUUGUGAUAAAAAAUUUGCUGAUUGUUCAAAUUUAACAAAACAUAAAAAAGUACAUCGUGAUAAUAAUAAAUUAAUUGAACAAAAUAGUAAUGAUAAAAUUAUAAAUGAUGAUGGUACUAUUUGGCAAGUUAUACCUGAUCCACAAAUUGAUGUUGAUAAUAAUCAAUAUUUAAAUAAUGAACAAUUUAUACAAACUGAUGAUGCAUCAGAAGAUAAAACAUCAAGAUUUGUUUAUUUAUCAUUUCCUGAUCCAGAUUCACCAAGUAAAUCAAAAACAAUGAAUUUAAAUAUGAUUGAUGAUAAUGAUCAUGCUGAUGAUGCUAUUGAUGAUGAUGAUGAUGAUAAUAAUACAACAGUUAUUGAUGAAUCAUUAACAAAUUUAGAUAAUAUUGAUAAAGAAAGUAUUGAAGAUGAAUUGAAUGAUAAAAUUGAUUUUUCUGAUCCAAAUUUACAUCUUGAAAUAACUGAUGAACAUGGUAAUCCAAUUUCAAUAACAAUGCAAGAUGCACAACAUUUAUUUAAUGGUGGUCAAUGGACUAAUGGACAAAUAAUUAAAAUACAAUCUGAUAAUGUUAGUGGUGAACUUUGUCAAGAUUUUGAUAUUCAUGAUAGUGAGGAAAUUAAUUUUAAUAAUCAACAUGAUGAGUUGAUUCAGCAUGAUGAUAAAGUUAUUGUUGAUAAUGGUAAUCAUGAUGGUGAUGAUUUAGAUGCAGUUGCUAAUGUCGUUCAACAAUUGGAUGAUAGUAAUGAGGCCAUUUCAAUAACUGGUGAUGAACAAGCUUAUGCAAUUAUAACACAAAAUGGUGAAACGUAUCCUGUUGAUACAAAUUCAAUUGAUUGUAAUGGAGAAUAUAUGUCAAUUGAUUAAUUUUUAUUUUAAUAUCAAGCUUUUAUUUAAAUUAUUAGAUAAAAAAAAUUAUAAAUCUUUUUUUAUGUAAAAUAUUAUCAUGUACACUGAAUGCAAAGCAAAUUUAUUAUUCAAUUUGAUUAAUAUAUUUUUCACAAAUUAAUUGAAUACUUUAUUUUAAUAAUGUAAAUUUUUAAUUAUUAAUUUCUUAAUGGUAAGAAAAAAUAAUAAUGUUACACAAUUAUAGCUUAUUUUUUUUUUUAUGAUCUUUAUUUUUUAAUGAUCAUAUUUGUAAAUAUAAAAAAAAAGAAAAAAAAAACAAUUAAAUUUGUAAAUAAAAUUGUUCUUUUUUUUUUUGUUGAAAUAUUUUUGUAAAUUUUUCUGCUGACUAGUAUCAUUUAAGAUGGAUUUCAUGAUAUUAAAAUUUAUCAAAUUGAAGAAAAAAAAAAAAA